AUAAAUCAGCAAAUAAAAGCGACUCUUUUUUUUUUUUGGACAAAAAGCAACUCCCAAUUUAGUUUUCAUUACACAUUGUCUUUCUAAAAUAUUCUUUAAUAUAACUGUAAUUAACACACAAGUGCUGACUCUGUUCCAUGUCUGCACCCAGACAAACACCCAAAUUCUCUAGUUGAUUCCUAAUGAGUUCACUACAGAACCCAAUGCAAUCAAAACCCUAAAUUCCCCAAAUUUCCAUCAACACUCUCUUCUCAGAUCUACCUGUCCUGGGCUGGGGAGGGGAAUUAAGAAUAUAUUCAUUUCAGGUGCUCUCUAUGAGGUGAGACAGGUUAUGAUGGCAGACUUACCGAGUUAUCUGCGCAACUGCUUGCACGCUGGAAAACUUGCAGUUUUGGCUAUUUUAGUUUCAUUAGGGAUUGUAUUGCAAAUCUUGGCCUGUGCUCUGUACAAUAAUUGGUGGCCAAUGCUGACUGUAAUAAUGUAUGUGCUUCUUCCAAUGCCUGUGCUGUUCUUUGCGGGCUCUAAUGGUUCUUCUCUUUUUUCUGAAUCUGACAACAAUAGUUGGGUCAAUGCAACAAAGUUCUUGACUGGAGCUUCUGCAGUUGGAAGCAUUGCUAUACCAGCUAUCCUAAAGCAUGCUGGAGUUAUUGGUUGGGGAGCAUUGGCGAUGGAACUUUCAUCUUAUUUCAUAUUUGUAUUAGCCAUAAUGUGUUAUAUUCGAAUGAACGGUGAUGAUGAUUACAGUUUCCUCUGAAAGAUGACUGAUUCGGUUCCCACCGUCAAUCAUGUAAAGCAAUGUCAACGUUAGUUCAGACGAGGCUAUUUCUUUCCUGUUUUGACAAGCCUCGUUUCCAUGUUUGUUCUUGUAGAGCGAUGGAGUGAUGUUUUUUUAGGGUCCAUGUAAUGAGUGCCAGUAUUGUGUUUGAACAUUUAUUACACCAAAAUUGAGAAAACUACAUUUGUGAGAUCGAUCUUGCUUUAGAUUUAAAAUAUGAUGGGGUGGAAGAAUGAAGAUUUGCCGGUAUGCUUUUUUUCUAGGGAAAACCUACUUUGAAUUCCCAGAAUUGUCUUAAUCAGUGAUUAAAAGUUCUCUUUAAAGAAUGUAUUAAGCAUGUUCAGGUGGUAAGUAGCUUCUGUCAUAGCCAACUAUACUACAAGUCUACAACUAUACACCAUUUCCUCAUCAUUUUGUUUAUGUACAUUGCUGACAAUUAACACUCAUGCAAGUACCGGAUAACAAACAUCAAGGUAUAUUGUUGGAUGAUGAAAAUGAUGAGUUCGAAGAAACUGGUUCCAAAAACGACAUUGUCACGGACUUUGGAGCAUAUUCACUAAAGUUGGUUUGAUCAAGCAAGAUAGAAGUACGUGCUGUGAAACCAAUUACUCAGGAAACAAUGUGAAUAUAAUGAAUUUGCGAGAGAGGCUAUUCAACUUGAAGAGCCAUUAGACAUAGCGGAGGAUAUGGCAGCCUUCAGGUUUUAAUUAGGGGUCCUGAAUCUUCUGAAAUGUAUGAAUACCCUGUAGUUAUGAGAUAAAAGUAAAACAAUUAUGACCUUGGUUUUACUUUCCUUUAAUUAACCUUCACCUUCCAUGAUCAUAAGCCAGAAAUCUUUUUCAUUGUAGAGCUCCAUUUGACAUGGUGUUUAAUAACAAUAGCAUUUCUCAAGUUAAAAGUUACAUUUAACAGCAAACGCAAUGCCAAAUGAAGUUCAACAAAUAAAAUAUUUUGGCAGUCAAAUUGCC